AUGAGUAAUACUAAUACUGAUCCCACAAGUCCUCUUUUUGUCCACUCUUCCGACAUUCUUGGUGUGUCCCUCGUUCCUGUUCCCUUUUCGGGUAGUGGUUUUUGGGGAUGGAAAAGGAAGAUGAUAGUGGCCUUAUCAGCUAAGAAUAAAAUAGCUUUUGUUGAUGGUACGUGUCCCCGACCAACUACCACUGUCGUUGAACAAAAGUUGUGGGACAGGUAUAACAACAUGGUGAUUUCCUGGUUGACUGCCUCUCUAUCUCCUAACAUAGCUGAGAGUGUGCAGUAUUCUGAAACUGCACAGAGUAUAUGGGCACAAUUGCAAUCCAGAUAUGGUACAGCUAAUAGGACCAAAAUUUUUGAACUUAAAAGAGAACUUACCCAUACUUCUCAAGGUCCUCUAGACAUAGCAUCAUACUUUAAUAAACUGAAAGGGUUAUGGGAUGAAUUGGGGGUAAUGUGUACUAACCAUGGUCAAAGGUGCACUUGUGCUGCCAAACCUGGGAUCAUACAGGAGGAUGAAGAGAAUAGGUUAUUCCAAUUCCUCAUGGGCUUAAAUGAGACAUAUAUGGGGGUAAGGAGCAACUUGCUUAUGAUGCAACCUCCUCCUAGUCUUGAUUGUGCCUAUAAUAUCCUCCUCAAUGAUGAGAAACAAAGACAAGUCCAAUCAAUUUCCCAAUUCAAUCCUGAUUCUAUGUCCUUCAAUGUUAAUACAAACAACAAGCCUGGUUUUACUUUUAGGGUGAAUCAAGCUGCAGUACCCAAUUCCCCUCCUCUUAGGCAGUAUACUCAAAGAGUUAACUUUGACCAGACUAAAGCCUCCCUGUUCUGUAGAUACUGCAAGAAAUCUGGACACUUAAUUGAUAAGUGUUACAAGCUUCAUGGAUACCCACAAAGCCCUAAAUUCAACAAAGGAAAGAAAGCUGCUGCUCAUGCCACCAUUGGCUCUCAGCUUAACUCUUCUGAGGAGCACACAUCUGACCUUGUUGGAAAUCUCACUGAGAGUCAUCAGUCUGCUCCAAAUGUUGAUGGUCAAGGGUCUGUGAUUCCAGGUCUGAGUAGGCAACAAUAUCAACUGAUAACUUUGCUACAACAGACUCAGUUGGGAGAUUCCAAUGCUCAGGCUCCUAAUCUCAUGUGUUCUGCCAAUUUUGCUGGUACUAUACUAACUGAGAGCCCUGUUUCUGAUUCCAAGCUUUGUAUGCUUACUAAAAUUAACUCUAUCACCUGGAUAAUAGACUCAGGAGCUUCUGACCACAUAACAUCUAAUAAAAGCUUACUCUUUAAUAUCACACCCUUAGCCAUACCUUACCUUGUAACUCUUCCUAAUGGAUACAAAGUGAAAGUAACUUCUACAGGAUCUUUUGCUCUGACUCCAUUCAUCACUCUUCAUAAUGUGCUGUUUGUUCCUUCUUUUCAACACAAUUUAAUCUCUGUCCACAAACUGAUAAAACAGUUGCAUUGCAUAGUUUUGUUUACUGCAACUUCCUAUUUUCUGCACAUGUUACAGGCCCCUUCUCUGAGGAUGCCUCUGGAUCUUGGUAAAGAGGAGGCUGGUCUGUACAAGCUUACUUGGGUGCCACCUUCACAUUCUCCUCCUAUUUUUUGCAAAUCUGUUUCUGUGUGUUCUUUGUCUGAUUCAUGUAAACCUGUUUGUUCUUCUAGUUCUAAGUCUCUUGGAUUGUCUUCCAAUGUAAAUAGUUCCAUUUGUAAUAAUGUUGAUGCAAAUGAUAUGAAUCUCAUUUGGCAUUUAAGACUUGCUCACAUUCCUUUCGCAAAUAUGAAACACAUUUCUGUUUUGUCAUCUUCUCUUGCUCCUAGACAAUCAUUUCCUUGUGCUAUUUGUCCUAUGGCCAAACAAACUAGACUUCCCUUCCCUGAUAGCUCCAUCAGUACCACCAAACCUUUUCAACUAAUUCACAUUGACACAUGGGGACCUUACCACACUCCAACCUCUUCUUGUUCAAGAUAUUUUCUCACAAUUGUUGAUGAUUUUUCUAGGGCUACUUGGACACAUCUACUGGGUUCUAAAAGCAAUGCUUUCUCCAUGCUUAAAUCUUUCUUGGCAAUGGUUAAGACUCAGUUUAAUACUACUGUCCAGACCAUUAGAAGUGAUAAUGCCUUGGAAUUAGGUUCCAUCCUUGUUGGUUCUUCCUUCUUCAGCCAACAGGGUAUCAUUCAUCAAACUACCUGCCCCCACACUCCUCAACAAAAUGGUAUAGUUGAAAGAAAACAUAGAACACUUCUUGAGGCAUGUAAAGCUUUACUUUUCCAGUCCAAAUUACCUGUAUCCUUUUGGGGGGAUUGUUUAUUGACUGCUACCUACUUGCUCAAUAGGAUUCCAUCUAGGAUACUCCAAAACAAAUCCCCUUAUGAAGUGUUGUAUGGUAAAACCCCUACUUACUCACAUGUGCCUAUUCCCCAAAGAGACAAACUCAAACCUAGGGCAAUUCCUUGUGUCUUUCUGGGCUAUCCUUUUGCCAAAAAGGGUUACAAGUUGUAUGAUCUAGCCUCUAAGAAAUGUUUUGUCUCCAGGGAUGUAUUUCAUGAGACAUGUUUUCCCUUUGCCACACCUUCUACACCUGUUUCUCCUACUUCUCUCUUUCCACCUCCUACUAUUCCAGCUUCUGAUGAUCAGGAUCCUGGGAUAACUACCUUUGUCCCUGCAAGUCCUCCUAUUCCUUCCCCUGUUUCAAACUCAUUUAAUCCUGAACUUGUCCCUUCUGCUUCUACUCUAAAUUUUGAUCCUGCCAUUCCUCCUCCUUCCUCCUCCCAACCUGAUCUUAGGAGGUCUACUAGACUUCACAACACUCCUUCUUACCUCAAGGACUAUGUGUGUCAGCUUCCUUCUUUUUCUGGAUCCACUUCUUCUACUUCUCCUUUGGAAUCUGAACCCCUCUAUUACUCUCAAGCUGCUUUAGUUCCAGCAUGGCAGGAUGCCAUGAGCAAGGAAUUUGAUGCAUUGGCUGCCAAUCACACUUGA